AUGGAAGUUCAAGAGACGCAGACAUACAACCAGCUCCCCAUCACACACAUUCCAGAGGCACUGGUACCCACUCCAGAGGCACUGGUACACACUCCAGCACCCGAGAACAGAGUUCAGUAUGUAGUAGUUAAUCCUGGAGUGCAGGAUCCUCAGGGCCAGGUGCUUCUCUUCCCAACCCCUUCUCCAACACUCAGCAGCAUCACCCAAGAGCCUCUGCAGCCAGACCCCCAGGGACAGGUGCUGAGUGUGUGGACUGAUCCUCUUUUAGUGCCCCUCCUCCCUGCUGUGGAGCCUGUUCUGACUAAUCCGAUGUUUUUCCCAGUAUGGUCUCAGCCUGGACCCUCUGCAGACCAAAACACACAGGCACAGGCCCUUUUCCCAUCAUGGACAACUUCAUCCACAUCAGAGUCAGACUCCGAGAGCUCAGAAGAGGGAGCUAUACCACCUGUGAUCUAUAUGCUCCCUGUCAGUGUUGAGAUGCCCAAUGCCGAUCUGUCACAACAAGGCCAGGGUGCCCCUGAGGACCCAGAGGGCCUGUUGCUCCCCACUGUGCCCACCGACUCACCCACCUUUGCCCACUUAGGCGCAGCAGCACCCAACACCACUCUCACUCCAGCACUCACAGGGGUAACUGGACCAGGGACAAAUGCCCCAGAUCUGCCAGCAGGGGUGCAGCAGGAGGCAAGGGGGAAGAGUGGGGUAAAGGAGGCCCACAGUCCCUGUGCCCCAGAGUCGGCCAUCGUUGGCACACAGAAAGAGACUGCGGGGAGGACGGAGUCCCUUACACUCACACACAUCGCGUCCAGAGGAGAUGGAGCCUGA